CACCACCCAAGUCACCAUUGUCGCGCGCAGCAGCUCGAUCGUAGACAAGUGCAGUGUAUACUUGUGUGGCAGGCGGCGAGCGACAGAAGAGAGGCGGAGCUUGGAGGUGGAUCAUAGGCUGAUAGCGCGCACGGUGCUCCCCUCUCCUCCUCAUCGUUUUCGUUGUGGCCUUGUGUGGUAGAGGGCGAUGGAGUGCAGGAAGAUGAAGCCCGUCCUUGCUCUCGUGCUGCUGCUGUCGUGCCAUCUUCUUCUUCCGCUGGUCUCCUCUGUGCCCGUGUCGAGAAGCGUGUCCUUGGCAAAUCAUCAAGCCUCAGCUUCUAGUCUGACUCCGGAGGCGUUGCCUGUUCAGGGCGUCGUGACGACGGCCGCCGAGGAGCAAAGCGUCGUCGGCGAAGUGGUGGCGCGGAUGGACAUCGAGAUCAACGACUACCCUGGAUCCAGCGCCAACGGCCGCCAUGAGCCGCCUAGGAGCCCUGGGAGGGGGUGAAGUCGAUCCGCAGAACCUCCGUGUAUAGGGAGAUUAGUAAUGGGUUAGUCUAGUCUAGAUAGCACUUGUUGGUGAUGACUGAUGAGUUCAACGGGUUAAACAUGUCCGAGCAAGGAAAGAAGCAUUCUAACUACUUUCUAAUAGUGUCAAAAUUGGUCUUACAUUUUGAUACAGAGGGAGUAUAUUA